CGUAAACGUGCAGCCCACGCAACCUGUGGCCACGACGCUUCACCCGCCAUCGUAGACUUGAUCAUCAUAGACAUGUUUUGACCGAACCAUUGCAGUUCACGGUGCUGGCCAUUGCGUUCUCUUCUUGGAGUAUCUUAUUGCGGUGAACGUGAGGGCAGCGGCAACAUCGACAUUCCCCAUCAGGCUGCCCCUCACGAUGGCAGCCUGGUGCACCAUGCGAAGCCUGGCGCUUCUCACAUCCUGCAUCUUACUAUCGCCGGCACGCGCGGGAACCAUCGUAAACCAUGCAAACCAUCUCUUCAACGCCAUCCACAGCUCCAUGCGGCAAUUUGGAUCUUCCCUCAACCACAAUGGCAUGUCGCUCUUCAUUGCCCACGUGCCUCCGGACACGGAACUCUAUCAUGGCUCUUGGAUGCCCAAUCGAAUCAACGGAACCGAGUGGCUCGCCUUUGAGCCCGAGCAUGCCCUUUUCUUCUCCCAGCCCUCGGAGCGGCCCCCGCCGCGCGACCAUGAGAGGUCAUCGUUCGACCAAUUUGUCCACCAAUAUGCCAUCAGCUCUACCGCCGCCGAUGGAGAGAGUAUACACGGCUAUCUACACACGUACAGGACCAGGCAUGCGCUGAGACUGCUCUACUUGGAUGGCCAGUCAGCGGCCAAGUCGGACUUAGGCACGCUGGAUGUGCAAGACUUGGUGCUCCUGCACCACCAGCCGCCACCUCCCGAUGCAACCCGAGCAAAGUCACAGGCGCCGAAGUCACCUGUCGCAGACACGAGCACUCGAGGCCCCGCUGGUCCUCCUGGCGACGCUAUACGUGCCAUACGACUGUGCCGGUUGAUCGAGGAGGAAUGGAACGCAAGAGUGGACGGCAUCCUGCGCAUGGAAGAGGGCUUCGAAAUCAUUCUCUGCAACUUCUCCAAGCACCUAGACGUCGUGGAAAUUGCACAGACCCUCGACGACUCGUAUGAUGGUGCCGAGAACUUUGAUGGCAUAAUGUUCAGCUCGUUCAAAGCCGCUGCUGCGAGGUAUGACGGGAUUGGAGGGGGCAGAGUGGCACUGAAAUACGACCAUUUCGUCACCCUGUAUGAUUAUCAGGAUGCGUUGUACUUCGACGAACAUAGUCGACCAAGAGUACGGAACGAGACUGCACUAAUAGAGCCGGUCCGGACUGCGAUCAAAGAGAUGGUUCUCCACGAAAACAGCACAUCUGGCGUAGAUUGGCAGUCAGUCACGGACAUGCUGGUCCUUCGAUGGGCAGACCGCAUCGCAUAUCUCGCGUCUGGGGAUGUAUCAAGUCUGCAAUCCUUCCAAGGCGAAAUCUGGCGAGCAUUCCGAGCAUUCGCGGACUACAGUGGCGAACGCGAUUGGGAGAAGGAAGGGAUGCGCUGCACCCUACAGUACCUCCCUGCCAACGUUACCGACAUGGACACGCUCGCCGCGAGAGCGGUGUUCAACGUAUCGAGUGCAAUUUGUCGGGCGCUGCAAUCUGCAUGGCAAGCGGACACCCUUCCCCAAGCGCUGGCUGUGAUGCAAGAACUGAAGGCCUGGCUGGGCUGGACGGAGUGGAAGAAGUGCAGAGGCUGCGGCCCACACGAAGUGUGCUUCAUCCCGAUAUGGCCGAUGGGCGAAGAGAAGUAUUUCGAGCGGCCGGAGUGUUUGACCAAUGUAUCUCAGGUUCCUCUGACUUACUGGUUUGAUGAUUAAAGGGCGUGGUUGGAUUUGGGUUGGAUGGGAAUUGAAUAGAUGACAUCACGCGCGAUCGAUCUUGCACGCGAGCGCGAUCGAUUUGUGGAUGAUGCAGAGAUCGUUUGACGAAUGCAGACUCUUGUGCUAGACA